AUGAUCGAGACUUGGUUUGCAUGGAUUCCCUGUAUAUUCCUAUGGCUUACCAUUCCAUACAUUAUCUAUAAUUGUUUUAAAUCAUCGGACAAACCAUCAAUUGAUUGGAAUUUAUAUAACACAAGUCGUUUAGGUCUGACUAUUGUCGGCACAAUUGUCCUAUUUUUUGAACUAAUAUUCAGUUUGGUUCGCAAAUAUCAAUGGUUGGACAGUCCGAGUACGGCCUAUAUUAUUAUGACAGCCUUACAAACAGCUACCAGACUAGCCCUGUGUAUCAUUUUUUAUGCCCAACGCCGCUGUGGUAUUCAUCGAAGCGGUUGUGUUUGGCUAUACCUAUUGAUUGAUACAUUUUCGAGUACACUAUCCAUUGUUACAUACAGUACAGCACCGGAUGAUAAACUCAGAUACUAUGAGUUUAUAUUGAGAUGUCUAUCAUAUUCAUUGACUGGACUGUUGUUUAUUUUAACAACAUUUGCCGAUAAACUGCCGAUAAUAGAUGGCCAGUUAGCACACACUUACAGUCAUCAUCAACACCACCAACAACAACAACCUAAAGUGUGUCCAAAAGAGAGGGCAUCCUUUAUAUCAAAGAUAACCUACCAUUGGAUAGAUAUGCUGUUUAUAAACGGUUGGCGAAAAUCUCUAGAAUUACAAGAUCUAUGGCCAUUGCGUUCAGUGGAUAUUAUAUUGCUUAUGACUGCUAGUACUAUACAAACUGUACAGCCAUUGAUUAUCAAAUUAUUAAUUGAUUUUGUUGGUGACAAUUAUGAAUAUCAAUGGCACGGAUAUAUCUAUACAGUACUGUUUGUUAUAACCAAUGUUGUCUACUCUUUUUUUAACGCAUAUUCAUAUGAAAUAAUUAAUACAAUGGGAAUAAGAGUUAAAUCGUGUCUAACAUCAGCCAUAUAUCGCAAAGCACUGGUAUUAAGCAAUGAUAGCAAACGGCUCACACCUAAUGGAGAAAUAGUCAAUUUGAUGACAGUUGACUGUCAACGUAUUAUAGACUAUCUUCAAUGGCCGCCAUACUUAAUUACAAUGCCCAUACAGAUCGGUUUGGCCGUCUGGGCAUAUUGA